CACAUCACGCAUUGUCACCCCAACACCAACAAAAGUAGGCCUUACGUACCGAGACCUGUCUUCCACUGGGCAUAAAUAGGCCUUACUCCCCGCAACAGAAUUGCAGGGAAGUAAGGAUCUUGAGGCCAAAGAAGACUAUUAUUGCGUACUAGCACUUCGUUCCAGCCAUCUUGCCUCAGCGAUCUUGCCUUAUUACAGGCAGAUCUCCUUGUCAAUCGAUCGACGAUUCGACGCGUCUCCGAAAUUGCGAGUGGUCCACAAAUUGGCGGAGUAAUUAUUCCGGGAUCCCCAGCACCCCGGGCGUAGUUGAUUGCUGGGCAAUAAUUGCUUUUUGCCCGUAGCCUUGACUGGUCUUUCGAUGGGCUGAGGAGGAUUUCGAUGAGCUGAGCAGGACACGAAUAAUCUUUCACACCAUCACAUCACAUACCGAUCAUCAUGUCUCCAACAACUAUCCGCCAACAUCAUUUCUUCACUCCGACGGCGCCGGUCGAGGAGAUGAAGGAAGAUCCUGACGCAGAUGGCCAUCCUGGGGCAGACCCGGACACAGACGAUGAUCAAGAAUGCGCCCCGCCUCCACCGGCGUCUCAGUCGCACUUCGCCAAGUUUGAAAACUUCAAGCCCGACGACGGGGCGGCGUUUGACGACGAGUUUGCGCGCCUCGCGUCGUCACAGGACUGGGUAGCCGGCUCCCAGGAAUACACGCGCGAGCGGACCAUUGCCAUGCGCGAGGAGAUGAAGCGGCACUUCUUCUCGCAGCAGCCCGCGACCAUCAAGGAAGAAGAAGGUGACGAGCCCGAGCUCACCGACGAGGACAAGCUCAGGGGCUACCAGGCUCUGUGCGCCGAGGUCGGCAUAUUACCCAGCGACAAGAUGGACGAGUGCAUAAAACAGCUCAAGAGCAAGCUCGUCAACAUUGUCGAUCUGAUCGAUAUCCGGCGAACGGGCAAGAAGGUUGAGGUGUGGCCGUGGGAAAGGUUUCAGGAGUUUUGCGAAUACACGCUUGAAGACGAGCACAGGAUCAGUAUUGAUGAAGCGAAGAAGAACGGCGGAUUCCUGACGGCGCUGCUGCAGAAGAUUCGGACUCGCGGCGGUCCUGGCUCUCGCCGCCGCAGAAGGGGCCCCAGGAAGGAUGGUUCCGGGAGCUUUGGUUCUAGGGUCGUGUCGGGGCGCGUGGCCAAGACGGAAGGUUGACGCAUCAUUAAAAUCUCGGUCUCGAGUAAUAUUGCCCACUUAAUCUCACGUACACCAAGGGCAGCAUGCAUUAAUAUAUCCCCUGCACUUUAUAGCCGAGAUCUCGUCCGAUAACACAAGAAAAUACACUGGUCAACCAACCACAUAAUACGUGAGAUCACCAUCACGCCGCCAACUUCUCCCCCUCUCCCUCACCAAGGCGCUCGACGGUGGCCUCGACCUUCUCCGUCAUCAGCUCGCCGACGCCGCGCAGACAGGCCACGGCGACGGUCGCAAGAAAAACAAACGGGAUGAUGGACGCCCACGCGAGGCGGUACGCCUCGUUGUACUGGACCCUGCUCUCGGCCACGGCCGCGGCCCACGCAGCCGGCGACGCGCCCGCAACACCGUCC